CGACGGAGGUUAUGAUCCGUAGUGAUCUAAAAUGGACAUGUAUUCGUCCGUAAUUCCUAAUUAAAGUGAUUAAAUAGCAUUUUAGCAAUAAAAAUGCAUAUCUUAUUAAUAUUGUGUUUUAUAAUCCUCGGUAUAUAUUCGUGUGUUUCAUGGCUCCUCCCGACUCUCUUGGCCUGGCUCUUCAAGAGAAAGUACCAUAUAAAGCUGAAAAUCGGUCGCAUUGGUUUGCCAAAGUUAAUUUUGCGCGAUGUUAACUUAUCUAGAGAUGGAUAUUCUAUUCAAAUUGACGAAAUCUCCUUCAGCAGCAGUUUCUUCAACUCUGAAACAAACAAGCUUGUAUCUGUACUCAUCAAAGGCUUCAAUGUAACCAACAUCGUAGAAGAGAAACGAAGUACAGUCGAGACUAUUCUGAAGCCGUUGCUGUCGAAACAGAACUCGACUAAUAGUAGGGGGGAGGUGGAGGAGACGAGUUUUGAGGAGCUGGAUAGAGGAUUGAGGGUGACGGAGAGAAAGCUGCUGGAUUUUAGGGAUAAGAAGUUACCGCCUAGUUUAAUUAUGUUUGCUCAGUUCAUGGGAGUCCACAUAACCAACGCUUCGGUGAUCAUCCACGGGCCCUCCUUCACACUGGAAGCCUCAGCAUGCCAACUUCAUGCGGAUGGAGCCGCAGGCGGACCGGCGCGCGCUCUAGUGUUCUGCGCGAAUCUGCUUGAAGCCAAGGCGCGCGUGCUGAAGGAGCGGAACGUGCUAGCGGAGGCGGGGCUCAGCGUGCUAGUAGAAGGAACCGUGAAAGCUGAUGGGCCGCUUAAUGUCGAGAAAAUUCACUGCGCCGUCAGCAACACUCAGAUAUCAUUCCAUGACGAGCUACACGAGCUGGUUAAGAAGCAGAGGCGAUACAAGCGGCCGCAGGUUAGACAGUACGCCGCUGAAGACCAAGAGGCGUCGCCUGCGUUACCGAGGUUGUCACCUGUAGUACCAAAGAUAUUUAGUUUAAAGAUUGACACAACGAAUGUAACAUGUAUAGACAACGUUACGAAAACGGACUUCAAGGCGUCUCUCAACAGUUUCCAAGUAAAUUCACGGUUCAGCGCGGCAUCAGUGCACACGGACGCUGCGGGCGUAGAAUCGUGCGCUCGCGUGCAAAUGUACGUGGCGUUGCAGAUGGAGCAGCUGCAACUGACUGCACAGUGUCGGAAGGAGGCGUGCGAAGAUGUGCUGCUUUAUAAUAAUAAGCUCAAGUUAGAUGCCAAGUUAGAAAAAGGCGUACUGAACCUCUACCUAAUUCUGAGUACUCUCAAACUGUCGUACGACCAUGAAAACGUGUUCCGCUGGUACACCUCGGUACUGGAGAGGCUCGACAAGACCAAGCCUAUGCAGAUACAGCCCGUCGCCACGACCCAACCUCCAGGUCUUUUGGACAGCAUACUCCGCGCAUGCGUGGUGCAAGGUUGCGCAGAGCUGCGGCAUGGUUCGCUGCGCGCGCGUCUACCUGCUCCACUGUCGAUUGGUUGUCAGGGUCUCAAGGUCAAGCUGGACCAGCUGGUGGACACUAGAGAGGAGCCCUACACAGCUUCAUUCCCGCGCGUCCUCCUCGGAUCUCGACACUGGAGCACAGAACUCCUCGUAGAUUCCGGCUGGUUGUCGUGCGAUUCGAGAGAAGAGCCCCCUCCGCGGAAGCACCACGCUUGGGGCGCGGCGUUACUCGCUGUGGCGUUGGUUAAAUGGGGCAGCCAUGGGCCCAGAGACUCCAAGGUUGAAGCCAUGAUGGACUGCCUGCGCAUCGAAUGGUCCAACACCGUAGCUACGACCCUCAUCAGCCUGCUCGACUGCCUCCACGCCUACCGCGCCCCCCGCGCCUCCGACCCCACCCCACCCUCCCCCUGCCUCGUCACUCUCAACGUAGCACUAUCACAUAUCAAUGCGUUCUUGAUAGUGAAUGAUGAUAUGUGUUUAAUGACGAGGAUAGAUGCGGUGACGGUGGAGAGGGGAACGGUGCGGGGUGCGGCGGUGGUGUCCGGAGUAAAGGUUGUGGAUAUGGUGCCUUUCAAAGGCAAUGUCCAAUGUCAACGCUCAGACGAGAUCCCAAAAUCAUUUUUCCACGUCCGCCUAGCGAGAAUAGAACACACACCAAACGAAGAAAAUAAUUCUUCACUCUUAGACUUCCAAUUACUCGAAACUACGGACUGCGAAUGGAGUGCUAACUUACACUUAAAGAUAUUAGAGUUUGUGAAGGCAGUGAAAGGGUUUAAGGGAGAGUUGGGGAAGAGAAGAAGUGGGGGUGGGGGGAAGAAGAGUAAGUUGGAUUGGAGGGUGGGGAUUAAGGGGGAGACGAGCUUGGGACUGUUGUUGUCGAAGGAGAAUAAUAUGAUAUUUGUUACUGAUGACCUGACAGUCUCCUACGACCACAUACUCGGGCUAUCCAUAGUCUGGAGUCAGCUAAAGAUGAUCCUUAACGGCGACGAAGUUAUCACAGUAGAAGGUUACACACAGGAGAGGGCUCAAGAUGACCAUGAGGUCAGGGUGGAGAGGAGUGCUGCUGAGGGCUUUGUGUUACCUUGGAACAGAGUUUGGGCGGUGACCGUAGAAUCAGUCCGAGUAAUAUUCCCAUACAAGCAUCGCUUCGCGGACGCGGUGCAGGGCGACUUCGUGUCUCACUUCAAGUGGAUUAAGAAGAUACACGGCAUCGGAAAGACGAAGAGCGAGAAAACGCUGCCUAGCGACUUACAUAUUAAGAUUGAAGAGGUCCUGAUAGAAAUGAGUGAUGACCCGUUCGAAGUGAAGCUACGGGACAACUAUGAAUUGCUAGAAGAUGAGUAUAAAGAGAGCCAAAAGAGACGGAGUAUGUUGGAUGCGAAGGUCCAAGAGCUCUGCAAGCCUCACCUAUUUCUCCCAGCCGGAAAAAUCGACGAGCUCUACGCAGCUCUAAGUCAAAAGGACGCACAGAUUUACGUCGUUCGCUGUCGCGCCGCGCCGCCGCCGCGGACUCGCCUCGUCGCGUGUUGUUUGAGCGGCUUCAGGCUGCUGGCGUUGGCUGAUCCGAGCAUACAUGGAGUGAGAGCGCAGGAUAAGUUGAGAGAGCUGGACGCCGACAGCCCAUGGCCUGAAGACGGCGUAGAAUUCACUACCUUGUGGUGUCGCGCGAUCAGCCUUAACUGCGCCCAGUGGCAGUUAUUGCUACGAGAUUUCCCGCAGCCAUUGUUACGGCUGAGCUCACUGCGGUUGUGGGGCUCUCUCUGUGGCGCCGAAGAGCAUCCGCCGCCUAGAGCUGUCCGAACAGUAACGAUAGACCAAGGCGAGCCUUGGGGCGAGAUGGAGCUAGAACGAAGUAUGAUGCCCCUGAAGUGGUACUACGACUUGUGUUGCGAAAUGGCGGAGUUUAGCUACGCCUUCGGACCAUGUUGGGAGCCGGUUAUCGCACAAUGCAACUUAUCAUUCGACCAAGUAUCACGGCCAUCUCUCGACCCGUCGGCGCCGUUAUCCUUUUGGGACAAAGUGCGCCUACUGAUGCACGGGCGACUAACAGCGAAUUGUGGGAAAUUCACAUGUCUGCUCCAUGUGUCGCUGGACCCUUAUAACACUACUGAAGAGAUGGAGCUCACAUGGACUGAUCUUGUGCUUGAUUGGACCAAUGGCAAGCUCGGUUUCCUCGGCGAGUUGGACGUGUUUGUCCGUACAGCCAGCAAGUACGAUGACUGCCGCGUGCUGCGGGUUCCAGCCCUCAAACUGUCAGUGAAACUCGGUUGGCUAUGCGUCGGUGAUCCGCGCGACCACCGCGCCGUGGCGCCAUGCGCGCCUACCCGGUUACCAGAGUACUCUAGCAACCAGGAACAUGAUUCGUACCGCGCGUUUCGCUCCCAAAAUCUAGAUCUACACAUAAGUAUGGAAACAAAACCCAUUGAAAAAGAUGGACCUAUUCUGCUACUGUAUGGAAGUACAUUGAGGUGGUUCGAGAGCCUUAAACUGAUUCUGUCAGGUGUGACUCGGCCUACACGCCGCGGGCGUGUGUUUCAAAACUUGAAACCACGUAAACUGCAGCUGUCUCGUCACUACCGCGAAGUCAGCGCCGCGGUCACACUACACAACCUGCAGGUGUUCUACUGGUCUUCCUCGUCUAUGCAACGUGGCAUAGAAAUGCUCGGAGUCCGCGUCACCUGCGGUUCGAAACACCGACUUUCCCUAGUAAAAACUAGCGAUAACUUAGUAAGGAGGCCUCGAGCCAACUGGACGACGGGCUAUAUGAAUUGCGACCUUAACGACGCGGAGAUAUGGUUGAAAACGCCGGUGGCUAUGCCUGAUGACCGGGACGGUGAUGAGACCUUAGCCUUGAAGCCCGCACCAAUGGAGAAAUGCUACUGUCUGUCCGUCCGCCGAGUUUCAUAUGGACGGGAGUGUGGCGACGCCGAGUGCGCGCCGACACAUCGCCUGGCCGUCCACGACUUACGGGGCGCGUGGACGAAACUUAACAGGGACCUGGCGUUCGCACUUAUCGACACUUAUAUUAAAACACAGCAACUGAAGAAGAACCUGUCAACAAAAGCCCUAAAAGAAGAAGACAGGCUCGACGCGUCUCCGAAACACCAGCGGGAAGGCGACGUUGCUUCCCCACCGCCCGCAUCGUCGCAAACAAGCAGUGCCCCUGGUUCAAACGCCGAAGGAAUGCUGGCAGCCCUAGUGGCUGAAGCCGGCAGCGAAGCCCCCGUAGUAUUCAGCGACGACCUGAGUGGCGCCGAAGGGGACACGCCUCCGUCCCAUCCUCAUCAUCCCCGUCAUGUUCUGGAUGAUGAAAACGCUCAUACGGCGUUUCUUAUUGAGUUGGUAAACUCGCAAGUGGUCCUGAAAGGCUGUGAGAGUCGCGGCUAUGUCAUCCUAUGUGCGGCGCGCGCUGAAGUUCGACAACGGGUACGCCGCUCGCCCGCCGCUACGGCCUGGAGUGGAGCCUUGUCCGCCAUGCAGUAUUAUGCCACCGUUAGCGCCGGAGACAAAGAUCAGCUGGACGAAAACAUCCAAUGGGUAUCAGUUGAAGAGAUCUCAGAGCGUUGCGGGGGUGCUGAAAUCAGCACAUUACCAGACGUGCCACGGCUUGUUGGCAGUGGGCACUCGGCAGGAGGGGUCAUUGGACGUUGUGUAGGACCCAGUGAGCAUGCCGGUCUGGCACAGCUCCAACGCAUCGUUUCCCGCUGCGCGUGCGAAUUCUACUACGUAUCUCACGACUCGGCAGAAGUUAGCAGCGGCGGCGCCGCGGGCUGGGCGUCCGCCCCCCAGCCAUAUGACUCCUUUACAUUGAUGCACCAUGAUCUUGAUGUCUGCACCAACUCGCUGCAGUACGCGAUGCUCCUGGACGUAGUGAACAACGUGGUACUACAUGUUGAGCCAGAACGCAGGCGCACUUUAGAGCGACGCGCGCGCACACGCUUCCAACUACAGCUACAUCAGGAUCAGGAUCCAAGGACGCUGAUACAUAGCACGCAGACACAGGUCCGUGAGUCCCUCGCUCGUCUCCGGCGAUUGGAGAAGGAAUACUAUCUGAAGAAUCGCUCCAUUUCUAGCGAAGACCCCGACCCGUUAGCCGUCGCUGAGUUGAAGAGCCUGGAUGAUCAGGUUAACGAAUGCAAAGAGACCGUCUGGUCACUCGGCGAAGAGUUAGAUGCAAUGGUCCGCGCCUGGCGAGAGACUCGCCGAGGCGCUGCGCCCGCCGUGCGAAGUCCUUCAGCCCCUCCGCAUAGAUACAACGAAAUCUGCUUCAAGAGCGCUCGCUGGAGACUGACAGAUGCUGACGGACAGUUGGGCAUCGCUGACUUGCUAUUAACUAAUUUCCUGUACACGAAGACUUCCCGCUCGGAUGACUCGGUGGAGCAUCAGCUCGAAGUGGGAUACGUUCGCGUCACCAAUCUACUCCCGAAUGAACCGUUCCCGGAGGUGUUGGUCCCCCAAGCGCCCUCGGGACGAGCACCGUUGGCCCGACGUGCGACAUUACGCGUAUUCUGCAGAGAUCGACCGCCUGUAGGCGGGAUCAGUGUUAAAGAACAUUUCGAAGUUAACAUCGUUCCCAUCAGGAUAGGUCUCACAAAGAAAUUCUUCAACACCAUGCUAAAGUUCUGCUUCCCCGAGCGGGACCCUGACUCCAUCGAAGACGGCGAGGAAGAUGAAGGAACUCUUCGAGCCGGUUCCUCUACCGCCAGCUUGGUUUCCACGGGGUCGAAGAAGGCUAAGAAGAAGGGGAAGGAUUCUAACUCCAACUUCUAUGUUAAGAGGGAUAAGAAAGAUAAAGAUGAUGUCGAGAAGAUGAAGGAGCGCGCCGAAAAGAACAAACUAUUCAUCUACAUCAAGAUCCCAGAAGUACCAGUGCGUGUGUCCUACAAGGGCAGUAAAGAGAAGAAUCUAGAGGAUGUCAGGGAUCUUCCGCUGGUUCUACCCACCUUGGAGUACCAUAAUGUGACGUGGACGUGGCUGGAUCUCGUACAAGCAACCAAGAGUGAUACCAGAAGGGUGAUAGUGUCGCAGGCGAUCCGGCAGAAGCUACAACUGCACCGCCGCUCCGCCGCCGCGCCCGAGCCGCAUGAGGAAGACAAAGCCAGGCUACUUCUUGGAGAGAGAACCGUAGCGGAGAACAAACCUCAAAAGAAGAGCACCCCAGGCGUAUUCAAGUUCUCCAAAUCCUAGCGCAAGCAUUUAUUCUAAAACGAACCAUACGCAGACUGCAUAAGAUUCACUUUAGAAUCAUAGUUUAAGCAUAGUCCAGGCUAGUGUAGGCACUAGUUACCAGUUAAUUUUCGGAAAGUUGUAUAUCGAUGUUCCGUUUAAGCGAAAUUGUAACGUAACUCGUAUACUUUUUGGGUUAUUAUACUGUGUCAGAAAAAGUUGGAAUACGAAUCUGUGAAAGUUGUAUUUAUACAGUGUGCAACACCGACUGCUGAAAAAUUUAGAUACCUUAACUUAACUGUUUUUUAUUAGUCUCAACAGUUCUUAAGUCUUUUACAAUUUUUUUAACUUUUUACUGUUUCUCACUUGUUGCCAUCACGCACUUCACUAUGAAUAUGUAUGACACAUAAAGCUAGUACAUAUGCAGGUUAAAUUUUUAAACUUAUCAUAAAAGAAACAACCUACAUUAAUAAAUCUCGAUUCUCAAUAAAUUCCAUAUUUUCAGUAGUUUGUGUUACACAUUUAAUUUUUAAUAUUGUUGUUUAAAAUUCGCUGAACAUUUUGCAACCAUUUCAUAGUAACCAAACCACGAUAUCUCAUUAAAAUUAACUUAUUGCUCCUUAAUUUUUAAAACGACAAGGUCCUAAGAUGACCAGCGACUUAAGAUCUUAAUCGAUUAUAGAAGACCAAAUAUAAAAUAGUUACACGAUAGGGUUAAAUAUAUACGCCGUGAUAUUCAUAGAACUAGAAUGUAAUGACGAAAUAAUUUUUAACAUUUAUGUAUUAAUAUUAUGGGCGUCAUUAUGGAUUAUGAUUAAUGUAAAAGAGAAGAUUUGACGUGUUUUUCAUUAAUUGUUGACGAACGAAAUGAAUUCCAUAGAGUGAGAUAUAAAACGUCAAUUUAAUAAUAAUUAUGUACUAAGCUUUUUUACACAUCUAAAGAGACACAUUUUUUUAAACUUUUUGUUCACCACUCAGUUUAAUUUAAUUCAAUUAAGUGAAAAAAUCGGUAUUUUAGAGUCACCCCAAGCUAAAUCGGCAGCGAUUUUGAUAAGGGGCUGUCCAUAAAUUACGUCAUCGAUUUUUGACGAUUUUGGAUCCCCCCCUAAAAUCAUCCAAAAAUCAUGAUUCGAAUGACCCCGUUUCCUUUUACGUCGUGCUACCGUCAUCCAAUGUCCAUGACGUAAUUUAUGAAUAGCCCCUAACACAUAAUCAUAAAUAUCUAGGAGACCAAGGUUUGCUCGGAAAACAUAAAAACUAAAAAUGCGCGUUUUCCCAGAGAUAACACCUAGCUAGAUCGAUUUUUCCCAUUUCUCUUUGUAUAAUUCAAUUUCAAUGAGAGUAAUUUAAACUUUUAUGAGCUCUUCCAUUUUUAAAAUGUUUUAUUUCAAAUAUGUUUAUAUUAAUGUGUAAAUUGAUGUAUUAUUUAAGUAUUCUUUUUAUAAAUUAUUUGAUUAAUUUUAAAGAUAUUAUUGAAAUUCCAUUAUUUAAUUUGAAGUAAAAGUUAAUGAGAUUUUUACGUAGGUAAGACUGUCGAAAAUAUUAUGUUUUAUUUAAUCACUUCUCAUAUAAAAAUAUAGUAAGAUUUUUUAUAGAAUAUGAAAAUAAAAGAAAAUAAUGUUUAAUUUUAUAAUAAUUUGCCGCGUUCAGGCAAAAGGUUGCCAAUUAGGCUCAAGGUACCGUUACAAAGAUACAAGUACUCGCCAUUAUUGACGAAAAAAUCAAGUAGGUACCUUUUGCUUGGAAACGUCACUUUUAUCAAUCUAGCUAAAGGCUUAUGCACACCGGCUGCGUGUACUAGGCGUGAAUCAUGUAGACGUAAAUAAAAUAAACGUAGACGUGCGGGUUGUAAUAUACAGAUCCUUUUGAGAGUCGGCACACCGCUUGCGUGACGUGCGCGCACGGUUCCGGCAUUUUAGUGCACGCGCACGUGCACGUCUGCGCACACGCAGCCGGUGUGCACAGGUCUUAAAUAUACUACUACAUCAUAAGUUUCAUCCAAAUAUAAUUAUUAAAUAGUGAGCUUAGGCUUAUGUUUAAACUGGCAAUACUGCGACUGGUUAAGAGCUAACCCACUUAUUCAUAAAAUUUGAUGGGCCUGAUUUAGUUAAAUUAUGUUUCAUCCCUUUCCUACUAAUACAUAAGUCAAAUACAUAUACAAAUUAUACUUUUUUUUCCUUUGAUUUAAAAAUAUGUAGCGACUUGGAAAAUGAGAAAUAGAAAGAUAUUUUAUUUAGCUGACGACCAGUCGCAGCUUAGGGUGGUAUUACACCUGUCCAAUUUGUUUGUCCAACGUCAGUGCGUCUCACUCUUUCAUUAAAGCGAAAUGUGAGACGCAAUACACAUUGGACAAAGAAAUUGGAUAGGUGGAAUACCAGCCUUAAAUAUUAGAAUAGAUUCAGUAUUUACCUAACAAUACAUGAUUUGUUAUUUUUUUAUAAUGGAUAUUUAAUGUGAUGUAUGUUAUCUAAACAAUUUGUUAUUAAAUGUCGACGUGAUCAA